UCAUUCAUAGUUUUAAAAUAAGCGAUUAAAGAUGUGAAAACGUGGCACCUUAGCUGCCCCAUUUCUUGUACAUAAUAUUCAAAACGAAAAUAAAACAGAAAUCUGCACCACAUUCUCUUUCUCCAUCGUUACUCAUCUAUAAAGAACACUUAAAAAACAAAGCCGAGGAGCAGAAAGGGGCAUAGUAGGCAUUUGGAUAAGUUAUCAUCCAUAUUAUAAUGAAGAAACAGGGAGUGGUCAGUAUUGGGUUUGCGACACUCACAGAGGUUGUCGUUAUGAUGUUGUCAGUGGUAUGCACGUGCGGGGCCAGCACAAGCGGGAACCUGCACCCAUUGAUUCUAGUACCUGGUAACGGAGGGAACCAGCUAGAAGCCAAGUUGAACAGAGAGUUCAAGCCAUCCAGUUUCAUCUGCGAAUCAUGGUACCCUCUUGGGAAGAAAAACCAAGGCUGGUUCAGACUCUGGUUUGAUUCCAGUGUCAUUCUUGCACCUUUCACUCAAUGCUUUGCUCAACGCAUGACCCUUCACUACCAUCCACAACUCGAUGAUUACUUCAACACCCCUGGAGUUCUCACUCGGGUCCCUCACUUCGGUUCCAUCAAUUCCCUUCUUUAUCUCAAUCCUCAUCUCAAGCAUAUUACCGAAUACAUGGCAUCCCUGGUGGAUUCAUUGCAAAAGCUUGGUUAUGCUGAUGGUGAGACUCUAUUUGGUGCCCCCUAUGACUUUCGAUAUGGUCUAGCUGCUGAAGGUCAUCCCUCACAAGUGGGUUCCAAGUUCCUAAAAGACCUAAAGAAAUUGAUAGAAGAAGCAAGCGCUUCCAACGGUGGGAAGCCAGUGAUACUGGUAUCCCACAGUUUAGGAGGUUUAUUUGUCCUACAACUUCUAAUUCGAAACCCCCCUUCUUGGCGUGAAAAAUUCAUCAAACACUUCAUUGCUCUUUCAGCUCCAUGGGGUGGUGCUGUAGACGAAAUGUUCACCUUUGCAUCUGGCAACACUCUAGGAGUGCCCCUGGUUGACCCUUUGCUAGUGAGGGGUGAACAAAGAAGCUCCGAGAGUAACCUUUGGCUUUUGCCUAACCCCAAAAUAUUUGGUCCUCAAAAUCCAAUUGUGAUCACUCCAAAUAAGACCUAUUCCGCACAUGACAUGGUUGAUUUUCUCAAAGACAUUGGUUUUCCCGAAGGGGUUUACCCUUACGAAACACGCAUUGUACCCUUGAUAGGGAACAUUCCAGCGCCACACGUGCCUAUAACUUGUAUCAUGGGAACAGGAGUGAGAACCUUGGAAAGUUUGUUUUAUGAGAAAGGUGAUUUUGAUGAGCGGCCUGAAAUUUCAUAUGGGGAUGGUGAUGGAACGGUGAACUUGGUGAGCUUGUUGGCGCUUCAAUCACUAUGGAAAGAUGAGAAAAAUCAAUACCUUAAACUGGUUAAGAUAGAUGGUGUGUCGCAUACUUCAAUACUCAAAGACGAAGUUGCGCUUAAUGAAAUUGUUCGUGAGAUUACUGAAAUUAACUCUCAUGCUCACCUUUUCGGGGUAAAUGAUGUUUGAAUCACAAGUAAAAUAUCCACUCUCUGCCAAUUAAACUUUUGCGUGGGAUUCAAUUAAAUGCAUUUUUUUUUUGUUGAUACUA